CCGAACAACACAAAAGCACAAAAAGGCAAGAGAGCGAAAGAGAGAGGUCCUCUAACCAUACUAGCUAGCUAGCUGUAGUUGUAGCACCGCACGGUACAAUGUCGACUCCAGACUCUGAUAUGGAAUCCACAGAACGGUCGAAGAAAGAGGACCGCAAGAAGCGUAAGGAGGAGUCCAAGAAGGAUUCCAAGAAGGAGCGGAAAAAAGAAAAAGAAGAAAGAAAGAAGGAUCCAAAAACGGCAUCUCUCCGACACAAGCAAGGAGGAAGUGUUAGUGCCUGAUCUGACCACACUUCCACACCAAAAAGAAAAGAGAAACACAACAAUGACAAUGACAAUAGCACAGUAAGCUACCGUUUGAUCAUGCGUAUAUUGUGGCACCGAUGGUCGGAGCCUCGGAAUUGCCGUUUCGGUUAUUGACGCGCAAAUACGGCGCUCAGUUGGCAUAUACGCCCAUGAUGAGUUCGGUCCGAUUUGUCCGGGAGCCAUCUUAUCGCAAUGAAAUCUUUCAGACCAACCCACUGGAUCGACCGUUGGUGUGUCAUUUCAGUGCCAAUUCGCCCACUGAUUUUGCCAAAGCCGUUCAAUUGGUGGCGGACCAAUGCGAUGCCAUUGAUCUCAAUUUGGGAUGUCCUCAACGGACUGCCUUUGUCGGCCAUUUUGGCAGUUACUUGUUGGAUCCCGGUCCCGAUCGACAAUUGAUUUGUGAUAUUGUGCGUGCGGGCGUUCAGGCAGUGUCGCCUUCGAAACCCAUUUUGGUCAAAAUUCGACUCUUGGAGACAUUGGACGAAACCAUUCAACUCUGUCGACAAUUAAAAGAUGCCGGUGCCAGUCUCAUUGCCAUUCAUGCCCGAAAGCGUGCCGGUUGGGAACGCAAGGGACCCGGGGCACGCGAUGGACCGGCCAAACUCGACUUGGUCACGCACAUCAAACAAGCCGUGCCCAAUAUUCCCAUUAUUGCCAAUGGAAACGUCAUUUCCUAUCAAGAUGUACUCGACAACCAAACACUCACAAACGCCGAUGGAAUUAUGAGUGCCGAAGGAAUUCUCGAUAAUCCGGCACUCUUUUUGCCACGGUUGGGAAACAAUGAAACUACGAUACAACAAACAGUCACCAUUGUCGAUCCACUUUUACAUUGUUGUUUCAAGGACGAUGCUACUAUCCCACCAUUGGAUGAAUCCAAUAACACAAAGGACACCACCAACUUGAAUUCCAAAUCAGCAACAACAACAUCCAAUACUGAUGUCAUCAAGAAAAAGAAACGAAAACUACUCAAGAAAUUGAGGGAAAUUGAACGCAUUCAGACUAAAGUACAAGAGAAUGGUGGGGAUGACUCUAUAUUGGAAAAAGAUGAACACCAAAAACUAAAAGCCAAAUCGUCCGUUCAAGAGGCCAUUCGGAAGUUGGAUCAACAAGAAGAAGAACAGCCGAAGCAGGAGAAUGGAACGACGACAUCAUCAUCGUCAUCAUCCGACGUCAAUCAAAAACCCACUAGUACUACUCCACCACACAACAACAACACGAAAGAGUUGACGGUGGCCAAUUCCACCCACACGAUUCCACUCUCCCAACUCUACGACACGGCCAAUGACAAGAUUGCAUUGGCCAAGGAGUAUCUACAAUUGGCGCAGCGGUUCGGACCCACCACGAUGCGAACACAAAUCUUUCAUGUUCGUCGCAUGAUGAAGGAGAUUCUAGAUCAGUACCAACUCAUGCCGGAUUGUUUGCAGUGUCGCACACCCGCGCAACUCGUCAACAUUGUACGACUAUGCGAAUCUUAUCGACACGAUCCCACACUGUUUGUCUACAAUCGUCAAAAAGCCAAAGAACAAGCAUUGGCAUUGGAACGCAAACGACACGAAGAAGGAAAACGCAAGGCAUUCGAAGCACGCAUGAUUCGAAAGGCCAAACGAGAAGGAAAAUUGCAGGAUCUGGAAUACUACCUGCGACGAGGGGCCACCGUGCCGACGCAAGCAUUGGUGAAACAGUUGAGGAGCAUGAAGGACGACAACAAACCAGAACAAUUAAAGGCGUGGACGGAGAACGAUCAUUCCCAACAUUGUCUUGCGUUUCAUUUGGACAAGACGUGUCAACGAGGACGGGCGUGUGCCUUUUUGCAUGUAGAUGCCAAGGCCAGUAAUGGUGGCAGUCACAAGAAUGGUGAACAUGGUGGUGGUGGUGGUCAGGAUACCACCUUUGAGGAACAAGACGAAGUGGCAGGAUAAGUACAUGUUGUGCUUACCGAGCUAUUCAUCAUACAGUGGAUAAAUCAGAUUCAAACUCAUCUUUGGUCUACUUUAUUUAGUCCAUUUCGAGCUUGGGGCAUACCGCAUAGUAUGCUCGUCCAGUAUGGGUGUCUUGGUACCGCUUCCCUGCUCUACUACCUAGCUUGCAAGCAAGCUAGACUCGUUUCUCCUGGCUGUGCGGUACCCGUAGCUUGAUACCCAACUGGAAUCGAGGUGCCCCGUCGAUCCUGCUCUUGCAUGAAGACUUCUAACGAAUGUUGAUUGGAAACUGUGAGACUAUCAUACAUUGUAGCUGCUGGGCUAACGAUUUCAGCACGGAGUGAGUGAUUCCAUUCAGCAAGUUUGACUCUUCAGCUUGCAAUCACCAGUGACAGUUGGCGGAAAGGGACAUGGGUUUUGUCUACUUUUGAUUAAAUACCUCAAUUCGAGACGAUCACAUAAAUGAUGUUGAUAUAUUACCGCCCUUCUUCACGAGACCCAGGGCAGCCAUUGUCACGUAGCCACUGGAUCACUUCCUUUUGGUUGAACAGGCAGGCAGCUCGAUAUGUUGAUGCACUCCAUGGACAACCAUUUUCACGAGCCCACUUCAAAAUUUCCAAAUGCCCAUUUUCAGCAGCACGAGCACAUGUAUCCGCAUUCCAAGGACAACCAUUUGCACGAGCCCACUUUAGAAUUUCAAAAUGCCCAUUUUUAGCAGCAGCCCAGCAUGUCACUUUAUCCCAUGGACAACCAUUUGCGUGCAACCACUUUAGAAUUUCAAAAUGGCCAUUUUUUGCAGCACCGCCACAUGUUCGCUCAUUCCAUGGACAACCAUUUUCAUCAGCCCACUUCAAAAUCUCCAAUGGCAUUUUCAGCAGCACUAGAACAUGUCAAAGCAUUCCAUGGACAACCUUUUCACGAGCCCA